ACAUGAUAGGUUAAAUACUGCACUUCUAUUACACCUGCCACCUGCUGGUCGAUGCAACUUUCACGAUAGCAACAGCUACUGGCAGGAACCUUUAAUGCAUUAGGUUAGAUUCAAAUGGGGAUUUAAUAAUGUGUACUGUAAAAUGGAGACAUAUCUUAAAUGCAAGGAUCAGAAUAACACAUCGGGGAAUGUAUGAAUGUAUCCACUGGAUCAACUAAACUAUUAGUUUGGUUUAAGGAAUCACUCUAUAGGAAUUCCCAGUAGUCAGGGAGCCUUUGAUGAAUAAAGCUGGACCCCCAGAACCCACCACCUCCUACCGUCUGCCUCUGGACUUGACUCUUGCCUCACUGUUCUACUGGCAGAUACUGCAGGAAGGCACAUAGAGUUGCUGACUAACGUAGAUGUCUGACAUCUCUGCCAAUUAUUGACUUGUGGAUCACGUGUGUCUUAUUUUUAUUACUCGCAUGGGCCUCUGUCAUUUUUAUUUCAUGGACUCGUGGGAGCUCCACUCAGUCCCCGCCGUCACCAGUCCGAGGAUGUUUUAGGAGCAUGGCAGGAAGACAGUCUACAGCCGUACUUGUUCUUUAUGCCGUCGGCCUCGUUUGCGGUCCAGCCCUUUGCUUGCCCACUACAAAAAUAAAAUAUUUUGACGCGGAAGGUGGACGGGACCUUGACAUUUUUGAUAUCAAUGAGGAGGCAGGCUUGAACCUUGUAGAAGGCGAUAUUGUGCUUGAUGAGAGGCAGACUCGUAAUUCUCUGAUAGGGGAUGAGUACAGGUGGCCAAAGACAAUCCCAUACUACUUGGAGGACGACUUAGAGAUCAAUGCCAAAGGUGUGAUUCUGAAGGCCUUUGAGCAGUACCGCCUCAAGACAUGCAUUGACUUCAAGCCCUGGAGCGGGGAAGCAAACUACAUUUCCGUAUUUAAAGGCGACGGAUGUUUCUCCUCGGUGGGAAACCGGCGCGUUGGGAAGCAGAGGCUGUCGAUUGGGCCCAACUGCGACCGCAUCGCCACCAUCGAGCACGAGUUCCUUCACGCUCUGGGCUUCUGGCACGAGCAGUCCAGGGCAGACCGCGAUGACUACGUCAGCAUCGUGUGGGACUACAUCUCAGCGGGUAAAGAACACAACUUCAACACCUACAACGACACCACCUCCAGCGCUCUGGGCGUCCCCUACGAUUACGGUUCCAUGAUGCACUACAGCAAAACGGCCUUCAGCAACGGCUCCAAGCCCACCAUCGUCACCAAGAUCCCGGCCUUCAGCGACGUCAUCGGGCAGCGCAUGGAGUUCAGUGACAGCGACCUGCUCAAGCUGCACCGCCUUUACAACUGCACCCAGGCCUCCACCUUCCUGGACUCAUGCGACUUUGAAAGCGAGAACAUCUGCGGUAUGAUCCAGGGACCAGAGGCUAAAGUGGACUGGGUGAGGGUCUCCACGGCUGCAGGAGGACCCCACACAGACUACUCCAACAUGGGCAGAUGCGCCGGCUCAGGCUACUUCAUGCACUUCAACGCUGGCGCUGCUAGCGCCGGGGACACGGCUCUUCUCCAGAGCCGGCUCCUUUACCCCACGAGAGGCUACCAGUGUCUGGAGUUCUUCUACUACAACAGCGCUGGACCUGCAGACUCCCUGAAGAUCUACGUCAGAGAGUAUGACAGUGCUAACCCCAACGGAACCCUGCGCCUCAUAGAGACCAUAGAUGGAUCCCCUCAGGAUCUGUGGCAACUGCACCACGUGAGCCUAGACGUCAAAAAGAAGUUCCGAGUGGUCUUUCAAGGUUCCAAGGAGGAUGCUGGAGCGGCCGCAGGGGGGCUUUCCCUGGACGACGUCAACCUUUCUGAGACCACCUGUCCAGAGUUCAUAUGGCGCGUGAAGAAUUUCAGCCAUGUUUUGGAAACCACGCCGACGAACACGUCUAUCUUCAGCCCCCCAUUCACCUCAAAGGAGGGCUACACCUUCCAGAUGUCGCUGUACCCCAGUGGGACGGGGAGCAGCCCCGGCCAGCUGUCGGCCUUUGCUCACCUGGUGGCUCGUGACGGGGAUGCGGGGCAGAAAUGGCCGUGUCCAUGGAAACAGAUAACCAUGAUGCUGAUGGACCAGCACCCACACAUUCAGAAGCGCAUGUCCAACCAGCGCAGCGUCACCACCGACCCCAACAUGAAGAUAUCGGGGUCAGAUUUAUAUUUCUGGGACGACCCUCGUAAGGUCGGCGAAGCGGUCACAGACACAGACGGGUCCAAAUACUUCAGAGGUCCAGGUUACGGCACUUCAGCGUAUCUCACCCAGCCCCGAGCCAAGAGCAGGGAUUUUAUAAAAGGGGGUGACGCCAUCUUUCUCCUCACAAUGGAAGAUGUGUCUCAUCUGACCGUGAGCCAGCCUGAGCCGACGACAACGACCGCCCCACCUGUCACCUCUGACCUCUGCCUCGCGGUGCAGUGUCAGAAUAAUGGCGUCUGUGUGGUGGAUGAAGGGAAGGCAGUCUGCAGGUGUGAGGUGGGAGGUGACUGGUGGUACUACGGGGACAGCUGUCAGCACAAAGGAUCUCUCCAGGACAAGACUACGCUUGCGCUGGCCUCCUCUCUGUCCGUACUGGCAGCCAUGCUGGUGGUCACGGUGGUGAGUGUCAUCUGCGUGAAGAAGAAAUAUAAGAAACGCAGCACGAAGGACAGCGUGGUCAUGUCAAACGUUUCGGUCACUGACAGACCAUAAUGCCCGACACCAGCUAUCAAUUGGAACUGGAUGCAAUCUGAACAGCUAUACUAAAAAUUUUACCCAGUAUUCUUUGGAGCUAUAUACUGUCUAGUAUUGAACUUCAGAAGUGUGUACGAGGGUGCCCCCUCUGGUCAUUCAACGUAAUAAUACUAAGAAUAUUAUUGUAAAUAAAUUAGUUGUAAUUAAGUUUGGUAUUGUAUGAAAAUCCUAAUAUUAUUAAAACAUGUAAAUUUUUUGUUAUAUAUUACAACAAAUCCAAGGCAGUAUGACUCAUAUCCACUAACUUAAAGUGUGAUUUGUAUUAUGUGGGUGGAGGGAGAUGGACUAUGAUUACCUGUCUGCUGUAGUUGGUCAAAGGCUUUGUCUGCAGAGCUCAGGCCUGUGAAUGCAGAGAUUCUGCUGCAUCGAGCCCAGUGGCCUCCAUAGAACUCGCUACUAGAACAAGCUACUAGAAAGACGAGCAUCCAUGCGCAGUGUUUAGAUCACUCCUUUGGGACUAUUUUCUGAUAUUGCAUGAAUAAUUUCUAACGUCUGUGCUUUUGUUUCUACUGUUAUCUUGAUUUUCAGAUAAAUUUUACGAUAAAUAAAACCAAACCACUAAAAAUAAAUAUGUUGUA